AGGAAGACAAAAAAUAACAACGCGACACUGCACAACAAGGCCUAGCAAAAAUUGUUUGACACUGUUUUUAAACGUAGACAAAUAAAUUGUUAUGUGAAGAGUGGGAGAGGCACGUGGUAUGGAUGAAUCAAAAGGAACGAUAGGCAUCUAUUGUACGACAGUAAUUCUGUGGACGAGGUGUUCGUAAUAACGGCCGAAGCAUUUUUCUUAUUUAAACUAUAAAUAAUAAAUUAAUAUCAAGUUUAUUUUCAGUAUUUAAUUUUAUUGCGUAUAUUUUUAUAGGAAAAUCGUAUCUAUAUAGUUUGAUAUAGUAGUCUUUUUAUUUUGUCUCGGAAUUAUCGCUAAACUAAAAGUUAUAUAUAUUAUAUAAAGUAAUCAAAAUGGUUCAGCCGAUUAUUCAACAUAAUUUGAACGUAUCAUUUUCGGGUUGUGGAUUUUUAGGGAUUUACCACAUUGGCGUGGCAUCAUGCUUGAAAUCAUAUGCACCUCAUUUGUUGGACAAUAAACUUUGUGGAUCUUCAGCUGGAGCUAUCGCUGCCUGUUGUUUAUUAUGUGACCUUCCUCUUGAAUUAAUUACAAGUCAUACCAUAGACAUUAUUAAAGAAGCGAGAUCUAAAACUCUUGGUCCAUUUAGUCCUUCCAUGAAUAUGUCGGAACACCUAUAUUCUCGUUUAAAUGAGGAUAUACCAGAUGAUGUACACGAAAGAGUUACUGGUAAAUUAUUUGUAUCUUUAACAAGAGUACCAGAUGGUAAAAAUGUUAUUAAGUCUGAAUUUUCUACAAAAGAAGAAGUAAUACAGACAUUAUUAGCAAGCGCUUUUAUACCUGUUUUUUCUGGAUAUGUACCACCAAUGAUAGGUGAAUACAGAUAUAUAGAUGGUGGUUUUAGUGACAAUUUACCUAUAUUAGAUAAACAUACAAUAACUGUGUCACCUUUUAGUGGUUUAUCUGAUAUUUGUCCUCAAGAUAACUCAGAUCUUAAAUAUUUAGUGAAUAUAGCAAACAAUAGUUUUGAGUUAACUAAAUCUAACUGUUUUAGAUUAGCUAGGAUAAUGUUUCCUCCUGAGCCAGAGAUGGUUUCUCAAUUAUGUAAUCAAGGAUUUGAUGAUGCUCUUCGAUUUUUACAAAAAAAUAAUUUAAUCAAUUGUAAAGUAUGUGUAGUACAACGAUUUUCAUUCGAAUUUAGAAAAAAUAAUUCUAAUGAGUCCACUAAAGAUGAUUCAUGUUGCUAUGAUUGUAAAUGGAAUAAUGCAUAUGCUAAAGUACAAGGAAUGCCUUACUCAAUUACUUAUGUAUUGGAUCGUUAUAUAGAGUCUCAUAACAACAUUUUUAGUUGGAUUUUUAAAAUGAAAGGGAUGCGUAUUAUAUCAUUACUUUCACUGCCUUAUUUUAUAGCUGCUGAUGUAGCUUAUGCAUUUGUUCAAAAAGUUAUAAGUUCCUCACAAAAUUUACAAAAUUGUAUAUGGACUCUCUCGAAAUACAUCAUUAACAGUUUACUUCAUUUUGUUGAUGUAUUCAGUCAAAAAGGUUUAGAAUUUGUUGGCAAAGUGUUAUCUUAUAGUUAUGUUUCCAUUGAAAAUCAUGCUAAACAAACUCCUUAUUACUAUUUUUAUAAUGAAAGACUUGAGGACUUAAAAUGCAUUAGAUGUUCAAAAAAUAUCUUGGAAUACUUUAAUGAUUUUCAUCAAGCCACAUCUGCAAUUGUUAUAGAUGGACCUGGUUGUAUUUCUUCUGAACUAGAUUUGUAUAAUCAACAAGUGAAAUCUGUAAGAUCUAGAAAGCACUCUACUAGACAUUGGACCCUUUCUUUGUCACCAGAUUUAGUUUUGACUACUUCAAAUGAGAGUGUAUCUGAUAAAACUGUUACCACUGCUAGUAUUGGAUCAGCAGAAGAACUUUGUCAACUUAAAUAUGAUUUGCAAAAAGGCGAGGGAGCUUUAGAAAAAUUCAUAGCUGAUGUAGGUAAUCAAGAGCCCUUAGUUGUUUACCACUAUGGACAAGAUUUAAAAAAUGUGAACACAAUUGAUAAUUUGGAUGGAAAAUUUUCAUUAAAUGAUAUUGAUGAAACAGCUGAAGUUUUAAAAAUUGAUGGAUUUAUAAUAUCAACACAAUCUAAAAAUACUUCUGAUUUUUUAGAUAACAUAGUUGAAGUUGAUCCAAUUAAAUAUUAGAAAAUAAAUGUUUCAAGAUACUCAAAAUUUUACAAAUAUGAGAUAAAAAUUUGUUUUUAGCUAAAUGUUUGCAUUUUUCUCUCAAAAUUUUAUUGAAUUACUACUUGAAAGCCAAUGAUGAUAGAAUUUCAAAGUCAAAUUUUUCAUUUUAUAUCAUACUUAAUGGUUAUGUUUUUCAAGAGUUGUACAUUAUACCAUCAUAACAUGUGCAUAUUAAUUCAAUUUUUUUCACUAAGCAACACUUCAAUUAAUGGUUAUGUGUUUUAAACUCUGACAAUUGUGUAUUAUUUAAAUGAAAUUAAUUAAAUUUGAUAUUUUUAAAUUGUAAUGAUUAUAAUUAAAAAUACCAAUAUUGGAUAUUUCAUUGUAACUUGUUUUAAAUCUAAUGAAAAUAUAGUAUUAAUUUUUUGUAUAGU